AUCUYGGUUAGUUAGCUAGCGGGCAGUGGUCGACCGUGUGGUUGGAAUUUACACUAUUUUUUAUUAAUACCGAAAGCGUCCAGAGGACUGCACAAUACUGAUUUAUUACUCGUUUCCUCCGACUGCUGGAAAGGAAAAUCGCCGGAUCUUGAGUUUAACGGACCCCCCCCCCAAUGAUGAGUUAUGCUGAAAAGCCAGAGGACAUCACAAAAGAGGAGUGGAUGGAAAAACUAAACAAUGUUCAUAUACAGAGAGCAGACAUGAAUCGACUCAUAAUGAAUUACCUGGUGACAGAGGGCUUUAAAGAAGCAGCAGAAAAGUUUCGAAUGGAGUCAGGGAUUGAGCCGAGUGUGGACCUGGACUCUUUGGAUGAGAGGAUAAAGAUCAGAGAGAUGAUCUUGAAGGGCCAGAUACAGGAAGCCAUCGCACUCAUUAACAGCCUUCACCCCGAGCUGCUGGACACCAAUCGAUACUUGUAUUUUCAUCUGCAGCAGCAGCAUUUGAUUGAACUAAUCAGGCUAAGGGAGACUGAGUCAGCACUCGAGUUCGCUCAGACACAACUGGCCGAGCAGGGGGAGGAGAGCCGAGAGUGUCUGACAGAGAUGGAACGAACGUUAGCCCUGCUGGCCUUUGACAACCCCGAGGAAUCGCCCUUCGGAGAUCUGCUGAACAUGAUGCAGAGGCAAAAGGUGUGGAGCGAGGUGAACCAGGCCGUGCUGGACUAUGAAAACCGGGAAUCCACCCCUAAACUGGCUAAACUYCUGAAGUUAUUGCUGUGGGCUCAGAACGAGCUGGACCAGAAGAAAGUGAAAUAUCCUAAAAUGACUGACCUCAGCACGGGGACCAUCGAGGACCCCAAGUGACAAAAAAAUGGACAAGAGCGACUGCUUUCCACUUCUCCUUAACUUAUGAUCAGUCAGUGACUGUGUGCAGACAGGUUACAUUCAUGUCUAAAACAUAAGCUACUUUCUUUUUACGUAUUCCAUUCACGAGAGGCUUGACUCRUUGUGCAAACUGUAUCUGCUGUAUUUGAAAAAGUGGCAAAUAUUCWGUUCAAUUACAAAUUCAGGAUUUUUAAAUGCAUCUGGGCGACAAGAACCUUACUGCUGUUUUAUAUUUUUAAAACCUAUGCUCUUAGUAUUAUUUGUUGUGAUCUUUUUUCUUUUUUUUUGUGAACUGAAAAUUUAUCUYGCCUCGAAAGAAAAGUGACAGUAUAAAUGAAAUAUACAGACUGUGUGAGUGUGAGAGAGAGAGCAGCAGAGUGUGAUGAUAAAGUGCUUACUUGCUGAAUAUGUUCAGAUUGAGCUGUUGGAUGGCAUCAAAUCGAAAAUUAGUCUGAAAUCGAAAUUCAUAAGCAGAAUAUUUUUUCCCCAAAUUAAUGGAAAGCUAGACUUUAUUAUUKUAAUAUAGUUUUAAUUAAUGCCUCUUUAUGAGUUUUAUUUACCUUGAUGUGUGGCAGUUUGCUGUAAAGUUAGACCCAUGAUUUCAAACAGUGAAACUACAGUUCAGUUUCAUUAUAUCCAUAGGAAGAAAUGUUAUAAACUCAUGUUUCAUGUGUUUGUAGUUAAAGUUUGAAAGGAAAGGUUGGGAUUCUUAGCUGAGCUUGCUGGGCCUGUUSUGAGCGCUGACGAGCUCCCAU